CUGUUUACAAAACAAUGACUGUUGAACAAGGAAAAAGGAAAACUACCUUUUAUCCUAAAUAUUCUAGUCAUAGACGUAGGCCUAAAGAGUCCAAGUAUUUAAAAAAAAAAAAAGCCACCACAGGCAGCUGAAACAUCCACAGAAGAGGUCUCUGAAGUGGGGUAUGUCUGGGCUUAAGGGUAACUAAGAAGAAGGUAGGAAAAAAGAAAGUCUAGGAAGACAUGUAUCUAAUUGUAUUUACAAAUUACAAAAAAAAUUAAUACCUUUUAAAAGUAAAAUAAGUUUUAAGAAAUUUAAACUUAAAUGAAGUUAUUUUAAAACAAUUAAACUUGCGUUCUUUUAUUUUUUACUGAAGUGUUGUAGCUGAAAGGAAGUCCAAGAUUGUUUAAAAAAAAGAUGAAGUGGAAAGAGUGCUAGAGUUGGAGUUAACAGGAGUUGGCUUCCAGUCCUGGGCCCUGGCACUUAUUAAGCACCUGUCUGUGACCUUGGGCAAGUGACUGUAAUACUCUCUGGGCCUCAGUUUCCUUAACUGAAAAAUCUGGGGUCAGACUAGAUUACCUUGAUCGCUCUUUCACAUCUAAAUCUCUUAUUGUAAGAUGAAUUAACAGGGUACCAUAUUGAUUCAAAUACAAAUUCCACUCAAUAUAUGCUUCCCCUUUUCCCUUCAUUUCAUGAUACUGAGGAAAAAAGGGGUAUGCGCUUAAAAUGACACAAAAUUAUUUACAAAAAAUAUUCCACCUCGCACCUGAUAAAGCCAAUGCUGUUACUCAAAGACUGCACUCAGGAUUCUGAAAAGCCAGGUUGGGAGACUGAAAGGGCAGCCGGCAUUUAGACCACUGUGGUAUUGCUUAAUAUCUCACUAUGUGUGCAGUACUGGACCAGGCAUUCUGGGUUUCAGAGAGAGUAAAUGGUGUAUUUUCUGUCUUUGAGGAAACUAUGAUGUAGUGGCAAGUUGGAUGGUCCAAACUGUCAUCACUGAAUUCAGAAGAGGCUCCAGGGAGGAAGGAAUUCUGGGGCUUUGGUUGGACCUUAAAGGAUAGAAUAUUAGUACUGGAAUGGCAGUAGCAGGGGUCAUGUUAUUUGCAAGAAGUAUUAAAUUGACAACCAAAUUUAUAAGUCCUUCAGAGAUUCCUAAGGAAUUUAUAAAAAAUAACGUUAAGUUACGAGGACGACUACACCGGGUAACUGAAAAGGGGCUGGAGUUGGAGCAUAUUCCCAUUCACGUCCCUCUAAUUUCAUCAUGGAGAAGGCAGCCAUGUGGGGUUCUGCUGAUAAAGCUAGCUGGAGUGGAGCUCACUGAGGCUGGUCACCUGUGGUUGAGAAAGGAGUUAAAACCUUUCCAAGUACUGUGGUUCCAGCUGCUGGCAAGGGACAAUUCAUCACUUCUUUGCUACCUGUUGGUGAAUCGAGGCUUGUAUUUUACCGUGAGUUUGAAUGAAGAGAUUUUGAGAAGAGGGCUCGGCAAAACUGUUCUUAUCAAAGAGCUAGAUCAUAACUCUAGGGUGUAUUGGACAAUUCACAAAAACCUAUUAAAAGCAGAGCUAAAAGCCAUAAGAAGAGGAGAAGGAAUUUGGAAAGAAGAUACUGAGAAGUCAAGUUAUAUGGAGAAAUAUAAAGGUUCGUGGAGAGAAAUAUGGAGUGAAGACCAUUCUUUUAAGAGAAGACUAUUAUGGGAAAUGGACCCAAGGAGAAAGUCCUUUUAUGAAAGAUUAAAGAGCCAGUGUGAAAAAUAUAAAGAUAAAUUAAGUAAUUCCAGUUUUAUGUUGAAGGUCAGAGAGUUUCUGAGUCGUGUGAAACUUGGUAAAAGAUAGUGAAGUGUUGGAAGAUUUCUAGAGGUCACAUAAUUGGAAAAUACCUGAAAAGCCAUGGAGUUACGUAUGUUUACUUGAGAAGUAUUGAUGAGAAGGCCCCAAAUGAUCAGAGUUUUAGACUUUACAACAAGAAGAAGUCUAAUGGGAUUUGAAUGUUAAAAAAAGAGAUGACUUUUGUAUAUUUUAGAUUGGAAUUUAAACAGAUUGUGGCGAGUAUGCUUUUUAUGUGCUUUUGUGGAAAUGAAAAAUACUGUAUAAUAAAUCCUCAAGUUUCAGGUUGUGAAAGAAUCAUGGUAUCAUUUUAAAAAGACUUUUACUUAAAAUUGUUUUGAAUGGUAUUAUGCAGUUGCAUUUGAGCCAUACUUGUAUUUAUUUAAAAAUUGAAUCAGCUUUCACAAAUUUGGAAUCAUUAGAGAGAUGUCCACCCUUCCUGCAUCCCAGUCCUGCCUCUCAUUUUAUGGGGUGAGAGCUGUGCUGCUUUCGUGGGACAGCAGACGGUAAUGGAGGGAAAGACUUGGGUUCCAGUAUUGCCUUGGGAGCCAGGAGCAACUCACUUAACCUCUGAUUUCUGAAGGUCACUUAGCUCUCAAGCAGUUCUCUUAAGAGGAGGGGCCCUUUCAGUCACAGAACAUUGAUAUUCAAGAAGGUGUUUCAACAUCCUUCCUAGGAGAAGGGAUGAAUGGUUGUCCUGGGCACUGAAAACACGAGUUGUAUUCAUUUAGUCCCGUACAUUGACUUCUAUUAAAUAUGAAAUUUGGUCAUUUGUGGUUGUACUCUGUUUAUGGUAAAAGCAAAAUAAAUCAACAACUACGCAUUACAUAAUUAGUAUUUUACUGUGAACAAAAAAGUUUCCUGAAAUGCUAUUAGAUUCUCUUAAGAAUUUUGGGAUUAAUGGAAAAUAUUGGUACUUUAUGAUUUAUAACUGCUAGUUUUCUCUUUUUUUCUGAUGGUACAAAUACAAACAGGU